CACUUUUCGUAAUGCCCCUUUUCUGAGUGUUCGGUACAUUUUUUAGCUAUUUUCUUAAAUUUCCACUUCGAGAUGGUAUCUAUGAAAACUCUCGCGAAAACGGCCACCUAUAUUGCUGUCGGUGGCAUUACGGCGGCGCUGAUAAUGAAGGUAAAACUAGAGGACAAGAUACGCAGGCAACCAUACUACAAGGAAUCGCUCAAGCUACUCCGGUCUCAUCCAGGUGCUAUCAAGCUACUCGGUGAACCAAUCAAAGACCUAAGCUUUGAUCUGGGAGAAGAAACGAAAAAGUUUGGCGGUGGGAAAAUCGACAGCUUCGCCAUACCGGUAAAGGGAUCCAACACCCGAGGGAAGUACUACUUCUGGGCGGAAAUGAUUGAUGACCAGUGGACUAUCAAACGAGCCGAAUUGGAGCUACAAAAUGAGCCCGACCGAAGACUUCUAAUAAGGGCGGCAAGUGACGCAUAAUAAUUCUACGCAGAAAUAAAGGCGUUUGUAUAGUGUACUAGUUCUAAACAAAUUGAUGCGCCUUGCAGGGAUUGGUUUAUGUAAUUUAUAUUGUAGUUUAUUAUUGAAUUUUAUGUACAAAUUUGGCAAAUAUUAAACGAUCCAACCACUACUUAUAGUCAAAGAGGAACUGGUAAUCGAAAAGGUUUUUUAU